GAAAGAAGAGAAAGAGAAAAAGAAAGGAGGUAUGGAUGGUGCCGUGCCUUCCCCAUCCAGGAGGGGUCUGCAGCAAGACUGGCCCACUGAUUUCUCCCCCCCGAGACCCUCCCUGUUCCUCCCCACCCAGUGCAGCUUCCUCCUUCGACUUCCGGACCUUUGACCCGGAAGGGGUGAUCUUCUAUGGGGACACCGGUCCUGACGAUGACUGGUUCGUCCUCGCGUUGCGUCGGGGGAAACCGAUCAUGCAGAUCCAUAACACCCUCACCAACGUCACCGUCUCCGGAGGGCAGCGCCUCAACGAUGGCCAGUGGCAUCAGAUCACGGUGAGGAACGAAGGACACUACGUGAUGUUGUUGGUCGACGGAGACGACCAACUCACCCUCAGCCACGUCUCCCACCCGAUCGUGAACCAGCCCGCCCCUCAGAUGCGCAUCGGAGUAGGCGGCUUGUUCAUCUUGCCGAACGAAUUGCUGGUCCCGCUGAACCCGGCCCUGGACGGCUGCAUCAGGCGCUGGGACUGGAUGAACACGAGCCAAGAGUGGCACGAGGGGGCAUCCUUGCACGACCGCGACGCCAAGGCCUGUUUCACCACUGUCCAGCGUGGCAGCUUUUUCCGUGGCAACGGAGGGGCCGUCUUUGCGCUGUCAGACCUGCCCAGCGGUCUCAGCCCCACUGAUGGCACUUGGCUGCUCUCCGUGCAGCUGCGGAUCAGGGCUGGCCCCCAGCUGAGCUCCCUGGUGGCCGUUUUGGGGUUCAAACAGCGCCCGGUCCUGCGCCUGACACUACAGCACACGGAUCUGACGGCCGAGCUAAGUAACCAGACCGUUCUCCUUCUCCCUCUCCCUGAGGGGGGCUGCCUGGACAGCCCCCUCCUCCUCCGCCUCACCCCCUCCUCCUUCUCGCUGGGCCUGGGCGCCACCGAGAUCUCCAAGCCCACCCCCAAGGCCGAGUUCGAGAGCCUGCAACAACUCUGGCUGAACAACCUAGGAAGCCUGGUCGUUGGGGGCGAAUCUGGAGAGGAAAAAUCUCAGGAGGGUCAUUUCUUCCAUGGCUGCCUCAGCGAGAUCCGGGUUCAAGACCACGAACUGGACUUCGACGAGGCUCAGUACCGGAGCGAUUCCAUCUCAGCGCACAGCUGCCCCGGAAGCCUGGAAGGCAAAGUCGAUGAGGAAGAUGGGCCCUAAAAGGAGGGCGGUGCUACUGCAUGCCCGCACACACCUGGACAACCUCCCCACACCUGGGCACAUGUGCCCUUAGUCUCCCAGAAUCCCCCAGCCAGCAUAUCACUUUCCCAUUUAAUUCUAAUAUAUCAGUUUUCUACUUAAUUGUCACACCAUCUCACUUACCUUCAACUUGUUUAUUAAUUUAGCUUGUCGUGGGUUAUUGUUUUCCACUUUUCUGAUGUCAUGGUAUAUCACAUCGGCCGCAUUUUCACUGUCUAUUAAGAAAGUUAUCCAAUCCGCUUGAAAAAUGGGUGGACUUCAACUCCCAGAAUCCCCCAGCCCCCCUACCAGUUUCCCAUUUAAUUCUAAUAUAUCAGUUUUCUAUUUAAUUGUCACACCAUCUAGCUUACUUUCAAUUUGUUAUUAAUUUAGCUUCUCUUUUUCACUUUUUCUGAAGUCAACGUAUAGUACGUUGACUGCAUUCCCCCCAUCUAUGAAGAAAGCUACCCAGUCAAAAAAUACAAAAUGGUCCAGCCACAUUUAUUCUUGUCCUAUCCAUGCUGUGUUCUGGGAAUGCUGGCUGGGGAAUGCUGGGAGUUGAUAUCCACCUGUCUUUAAGUUUCCCAUGGUUGAGAAAUAUUAGUUCAGGUUGAUCCGGAGUUGAAGGCCUGCCACCAAGCUGGUGUGAGUAGAUUUCUCGUAACCUGUAGUAGCACCGUCUGCAUUCACGUUUCCUGGAAAAUAUUAAUCAUCAUCGUAAUAAGUAGAGGGAACGUUGCAGACUUUGUUGCAACUAAUAAAAAUCCUUUAAAAAAA